AUGCCCGCCGCAAGCCUUGCCCCAGCGAAACGCGUUUUGACCGAGACGACCAACGCUCGCCGCAACAUUGCCGAUUCCCCGCAGUCAGCAGCGAAGAAGCGCAAGCUCAACGCCAACCCCCUCAAAGCUCCCUCGAAGCCUGCCGGUGCAAAUGUCAUCGGCUCGAGCCAGCCGAAGAGCCGGUUCGAGGAGGAGCUGGAAAAACUCGGCGAGAACAUUCAGGAUCUGAAGAAGCUCAAUGUCGAAAAGGAUCAACAAUGGGCGCGUCCGCCUUUGGACGACUUCGACCCAGCCACCCAUGACUUGUGCUUUCAACAGAUCGAUGUCGAGGAGGGAACCCUCCACGGCGGUAGAGCUGCUGUGAAGCUCUAUGGCGUUACUCAGACUGGCCAUUCCGUCCUGCUUCACGUCACCGGCUUCAUGCACUACCUAUACGUUCCCGCUCCCGUGUCUUUCACACAAGCCGAUUGCCAGCCUUUCAAAGCCUACCUCGAGUCCCAGAUCGCCCAGCACCAGCCCGCUAUCCAUGCCGUGCAAAUGACCAUGAGGGAGAGCAUCUACGGCUUCCAGGGUAACCAGAAGAGCCCCUACCUCAAGAUUUCUGUAACGGAGCCAAAGUACAUCAACAGGCUGCGCACAACAAUUGAAUCUGGAAAUGCCAAUUACAAGGGUCUCUGGAAGGCUUCGGAUGGGUCCGUUUUGACCUUUGACAACCUACAAUACGUGCUUCGCUUCAUGGUAGAUUGCAAGAUCGCCGGCAUGUCCUGGGUCGAGGCGAAGGCCGGUAAGUACCAUAUGAUUGACCACAGGGAACGCCACUCGACCUCCCAGAUCGAGGCCUACGUGCACUACCGUGAUCUUAUCUCAUAUCCCGCCGAUGGAGAGUGGGCCAAGACGGCCCCCCUGCGUAUCCUGUCCUUCGACAUCGAAUGUGCUGGCCGUAAAGGUAUCUUCCCGGAACCUAACGUGGACCCCGUCAUUCAGAUCGCCAAUGUCGUCCAGAUCGCUGGAGCAGAGCAGCCAUUCAUCCGCAACGUCUUUUGCUUAGACACCUGCAACUUGAUCGUGAAUGCUCAAGUACUCGAGUACGAUGCUGAGGACAAGAUGCUGAUGGGAUGGAGAGACUUCCUGGAGAAGGUGGAUCCGGACGUCAUCAUCGGCUACAACAUUUCCAACUUCGAUUUUCCCUACUUGCUUGAUCGUGCCAAGCACUUGAAAUGCGGGAAAUUCCCGUACUGGUCGAGACUGAAAAACACCAUGUCGGUGGCCAAAGAGACGAAUUUUUCCAGCAAACAAAUGGGUAACCGUGACACCAAGUCGACAAAUACGAACGGCCGUCUUCAGCUUGACCUCCUCCAGCUGGUGCAGCGCGACUAUCACCUCAGAAGUUAUACACUCAACUCUGUUUGCGCCCAUUUCCUCGGAGAGCAAAAAGAAGAUGUGCAUCAUACAAUGAUCACGGAACUGUUCAACGGCGACGCCGACUCUAGGCGCCGUCUUGCAGUCUACUGCUUGAAGGAUGCCUAUCUCCCCAUGAGGUUGCUCGAUAAGCUCAUGUGUUUGGUCAACUACACCGAAAUGGCAAGGGUCACGGGAGUCCCCUUCAGCUUCCUCCUCUCUCGUGGCCAACAAGUCAAGUUCCUCAGUCAACUUUACCGGAAAGCUUUAGAGCACCAGUUGGUCAUCCCCAAUCUCCGCUCUGAGAGCUCCGAGGAUCAAUACGAAGGCGCCACGGUCAUCGAACCCACUCGCGGCUACUACGAAGUUCCCAUCGCCACGCUGGAUUUUGCGUCGCUAUACCCCAGUAUUAUCCAGGCGCACAACCUUUGUUACACUACUCUGUUGAACAAAACCUCGGUUGAGAAGCUGAAUUUGAAGAAGGACGACGACUACAUCGUCACUCCCAAUGGCGACCUGUUUGCAACCACGAAGGUCCGCAAGGGCCUAUUGACGCAAAUUUUCGAGGAAUUGCUCGGUGCAAGAAAGCAAGCAAAGAAGGAGAUGGGAAUGGAGGAGGAUCCGUUCAAGAAAGCAAUCCUUAACGGUCGUCAGCUGGCGUUGAAGAUCAGCGCCAACAGUGUGUACGGUCUCACUGGCGCCACAAACGGCAAACUCCCCUGCUUGGCAAUCGCGAGUAGUACAACGAGUUACGGCCGUCAGAUGAUUGAGAAGACAAAGGACGUGGUGGAACAACACUACACCAUCGCAAACGGCUAUUCUCACGAUGCUCAGGUCAUUUACGGUGACACAGAUUCCGUCAUGGUCAAGUUUGGCCCCAAGGAUCUCGAAUCGGCCAUGAAGCUGGGUGAGGAAGCGGCCGCGUACGUUUCGUCGCAUUUCAUCAAGCCCAUCAAGCUCGAGUUCGAGAAGGUGUACUUUCCCUAUCUGCUCAUCAACAAGAAGCGUUACGCUGGCCUCUACUGGACGAACCCGACCAAGUGGGACAAGAUGGACACGAAGGGCAUCGAGACGGUCCGGCGUGACAACUGCCGACUGGUGCAAACUGUCAUCGAGACGUCGCUGCGCAUGCUCUUGAUCGACCGCGACGUCAACGGUGCGCAAGAUUUCGUCAAAGAGACAAUCUCCGAUCUGUUGCAGAACAAGAUCGAUAUGUCGAAUCUCGUGAUCACAAAAGCUCUGGCCAAGUCAGACUACGCGGCGAAGCAGGCCCACGUUGAACUUGCCGAGCGGAUGAAGAAGCGUGACGCGGGCUCGGCGCCGGCAUUGGGAGACCGUGUUGCGUACGUCAUAUGCAAGGGAGCGGCUGACUCGAAGAACUACGAGAAGUCGGAGGAUCCAAUCUACGUGUUGGAGAACAACUUACCCAUCGACACCAAGUACUACCUCGACAAUCAGCUUGCCAAGCCACUCGGUAGGAUUUUCGAGCCCAUCCUUGGAGACAAGAAGGCGGCGUCGCUCUUGACGGGAGCGCAUACGCGGAGCAUCUCGGUUGCGGCACCUACGAUGGGUGGUCUGAUGAAGUUCGCGAAGAAGACGGCGACGUGCAUGGGAUGCAAGAAGCCCAUGACCAGCGCCCACGAGCGUGACGGGGCGGUGUGCGAGGACUGCCGGCCGCGUUUCAGCGAACUGUAUCAAAAGACGCUGUCCAAAGUCAGCGAUCUGGAGGUCCGUUUCGCCAGGCUGUGGACGCAGUGCCAGCGGUGCCAGGGAAGCAUGCACAACGAGGUCAUCUGCAGCAGCAGAGAUUGCCCCAUCUUCUACAUGCGCAUGAAAGCCAAGAAGGACGUCGAGGACGUGGGCAAGGAGCUGGUGCGCUUCGACAAGGAUGCGGUAUUAUGGUAA